AUCGAUUUUUAUUUCCAAAGAAAUUUAUAAACAAAACUUUUUUUAAAUUCAAAUUUGAUUUCUAAAGAAUUCGACCAUUAUUUAAAACAAAAACAAUGGACAUAUUCGAGAGCUUCUGCCGGACGUGCGGAAACGAGUGUCUGGAGUCGCUAUGCAUCUACGAGGAGAGCGUUAGUGCUUUGGACAAAAUGGUGCCCAUUGCGGAGAUGCUUGAAACCUGUCUGCCUGACUCCUUGCCGCCCAUGGUCCAGUCCGACGACUAUCCCAAGCAGAUCUGCCGCAUCUGCGUAAACAAGCUAACUAUAGCCUACGAGUUUAGCCACCAGUGGAUGGGCGCCCACAGGGAGUUCAACGUGGCUCUGAAGUUCGAGCAAAGAAGGAAGCGCAGUCUGGCCAGCAAAUCUCAAUCAAAUCAAGUGAAGCCGAAGGAUGAGCAGCUGCACACAGAGGUGACGGAUACAGUGCCCCUCAAAAUCGAACCGGAAGUGGCAGCUAUAAGCGCUGUAACUGCAGAGGUAAAGUCCAGCAGCAAUUCCAAACUUGGCUUUAAGUGCGGCAUUUGUCAGAAAAGUUUUCACACAGAGAAGGCCUGCAGGUUCCACUUUAAAUUCUCGCACAAGGAUCUUUAGUGAGCUUUUUUACAGUUAGUAAGAUAUUUCACAUUUAAUUUUCUCGCUGACUAAGUGCACGACUUAAAGGCAUUUAGUUUAGCAAUUAUAUUUCGUAAUUGCAUAGAAAUUGUAAUAUUUUUAUGAUGUAAUUAUUUUUUUGAAAGUUGUUGUCUGCAAAAUAAGGAAUUUCUCUGCCUAUGCCCUAUCAUAAGCAGAUUUACUAGCAAUAGUUUAUUGUUACAUUAGGAUAUUUGUUAUAUUAAGAUACAAAUAUAAAAUAAUUAAUUUUAAAUAAAAGAAAUUCACUCUAAA